CUUUAUCUUUCACACAGCAUUUUCUUUUUCUUGACCAGAAAGCAAAAGGUCUUGCUUCAGACUCCACGCUCUCUAACCCUCCCUAUAUUUUUUUUUUAAUUCAACCGAACAAGGAAAAAAGUAAUCUUGUUGAAAGAAAAUAUUUGUCUAUCAAAGCGAUAACCUCUUACCAGAUUGCUAAAACAGAUCUCUUAAAUUAAAGGCGACAAUAGAGAACCAAGAGCAAGACAAUGGAGAAUAGUGAGCAACAGAAGCAUUUUGUGCUGGUUCAUGGAGCAUGCCACGGUGCAUGGUGUUGGUACAAAGUGGUCACUCUUCUAAGGUCCAAAGGCCACCGAGUCACAGCCCUUGACAUGGCAGCUGCAGGUGUUCAUCCUAAGCGUUUGGAAGAGCUCGCCUCCUUCUCUGACUACUGCAACCCAUUGCUGGAAUUUAUGGCAGCUUUGAUGCUGGACGACAGGGUUAUUCUGGUUAGCCAUAGCCUUGGUGGAUUUUGCAUAUCCCUUGCCAUGGAAAGGUACCCUCAGAAAAUUGAAGUUGCUGUUUUCAUCUCAUCCUUCGUGCCUAGUCCUGAUACUGACAUGCUUGCCAUUCGUCAAGAGUACCACAAACAGCUGGAUUACAUGGACAGCCAAUUAACAUUCGCAAAUGAAGCGGACGAACUUCCUAUGUCCCUCCUCUUUGGUCCCAAGUUUUUAUCUAGUCAGUUUUAUCAGUUGUCCCCUCCCGAGGAUUUGGCUCUCGCAAACUUGUUGAUGAGACCAGCAAUUUUCUACCAUAGACCGGAAUUUCAGAAAGAAAUGGCUAUUUCAAAAGAAAACUAUGGUUCGGUUCCGCGUGUUUAUUUGAUUUGUGAAAAUGAAAAUAGAAUAAAGCAGGGAUUCCAGAAGCGGGUGAUUGAAAAUAUUCCAUGUGAUGAGGUGAAAAUGAUUUCUGGUGCAGAUCACAUGGUUAUGUUUUCUAAACCCCGAGAACUGUGUUCCUUCCUGCAAGAGAUAGCAGAAAAAUACUGAUUACUGUACCACUAUCUUUCAUUUUUCAAAAAUGCUGGACGUACAGAGUAGAAGCUACAGACUCCUUACAGAAUUUUGGAAGGAAAUGACGUGGCCACUAAAAAGGAAGGAAAAGGGCGGGAAAACAAAAAAAGGAAAAAAGAAAACGAGGGGGAAGAUGCCAGAAACAGAGCCUUCCUUUUCUUUUCAUUUAGAGGAAAAGAAGCUGCGUCCCUCUGGAAAUCUUACCGGUCGGAGGUGGAGGCGCCGGUUGGCACCGACCGUCGGCUAGACUGUGAAGGGACGUGAAAGAGGCCUUCUCCGUUGUGCAACCAGAAAUAGAGCUUUCCUUUUCUUUUCAUUUAGAGGAAAAGAAGCUGCGUCCCUUUACUGGAAAUCUUACCGGUCGGAGGUGGAGGCGCCGGUUGGCACCGAUCAUCGGCUAGACUGUGAAGGGACGUGAAAGAGGCCUUCUCCGUUGUGCAAUUUUCUCUUCGUUUAACUCGCCUGGUUACUUCCAGCUUCCAGCUUCUCUCCAAACUUCCAGCAAUUUUCUCAGGUUCUCUCCAAACUUCCAGCUUCAGGUACUUCAUUCUUCUUGUGAGGCCUUCCUUCCACGUGUGCAAUUUUCGGCCCCUUUAACUCGUCGGGUUACUUCACCGGAAAGAGGACAGUAGGACCUCGACUUCAUUAUUCUUGUACAGUUUCAUUUUUUAUCUGAAGUAAUUAGAAUUAAGAGUUGCUUCUUCGAAUAUUAAGUAAAGAAAAACUGAAUACUAUUUGGUUUAGAAAUUCUGGAGGGGUGUAAUGGCCCUAGAGCAUUUUGUUAUUGUUUGCCAGAUUUAUAAGAAAUUUGCUUCUAUUCAAAAUACAUUACCUUGUACUUCUAUAUGAUCUAUAACUUGGUUAUUUUAAAAGCCAUAUA